AUCCAGGGCAAGAGCGGCCGCUUCGACAUGCUUUUGUGUGUUGGGAAUUUUUUUGGCUCUACUUCAGAGACAGAAUGGGCAGAGUAUCGCACAGGGGCCAAGAAAGCUCCAAUUCCAACCUAUGUGCUUGGCGCUAAUGACCAAGAGACCGUGAGCUUUUUUCCAGAUGUCAGUGGCUGUGAAUUAGCUGAGAACAUCACUUACUUAGGCCGUCGAGGUCUUUACAGUGGUACUUCUGGACUGCAGAUCGCGUACCUGAGUGGUACCGAGUCCCAGGAUGAGCCAGCUCCUGCCUACAGUUUUAGCGCAAAGGAUGUGGCAGAAUUAAAAACAUCUUUGUUAUCAACCCCAAGCUUCAAAGGUGUGGAUAUAUUGCUGACGUCCCCCUGGCCCAGAGAUGUGGGGACUUUUGCCAACAGUGCGGGAGAAAUAGAUACCAAGAAAUGUGGCUCCAAGUUAGUAUCUGAUCUAGCUGCAAGUCUCAAACCAAGGUACCACUUUGCUGCCCUGGAGAAGGCCUAUUAUGAAAGACUUCCUUACAGAAAUCAUACAGUGCUACAGGAGACCCCACAGCAUGUGAGCAGGUUUAUUGCACUUGCUGAUGUUGGCAACACAAGCAAGAAAAAGUAUCUCUAUGCCUUCAGCAUUGUUCCGAUGAGCUUGAUGGACCCUGUGGAGCUGGUGAAACAGCCACAGGACGUCACUGAAAAUCCAUACCGAAAAUCGCGGAAGGAGGCACAGAAGACCAAAGCACCCCUGUGUGCAGAG